CGGGCGCCAUUUUGACGCCCGCGAACGCCUCACUUCAUCACAACAUUCCCACAAUCCACCGCGGUCCUCCACAUUUGGAUCUUGUACUCUAAAGUGUCAAACCCAAGAUGGCACUUCACCGGUUAUUCCAGCUGUCCUCCCUGCUGCGCUCCGCCGUGAGCCUGACCCUGCGCAGGAACAUCGGCCUCUCUGCUGUGCUCUUCAACCGGGCCAAGGAGCUCGACCCGGUCCAGAAGCUGUUCCUGGACAAGAUCCGGGACUACAACACCAAGAGCCAGACCUCAGGUGGCAUUGUGGAUGCAGGACCUGCGUAUCAGAAGAACCUGUCUGAAGAAGUAUCCAAGCUGCAGAGGCUAUACGGUGGAGGAGACCUCACCAAGUUCCCUGAUGUUAAAUUCUCAGAGCCCAAGCUUGAUGAAGGCGCCAAGUGAAUGCUUUCCAUGUUGUAAAUCUCCUACAUGUCACAAAUAUGUUGUAUUUAAUAAAAGAUAGUGGGUUGAACCAUGA